GGACAAAGAACUACUGAGCGCAGUGGAGACGAUUGUAGAGCAAGAGUGUACAACGACUAAGGAUGAGGAUCUCCAUCCUGGAGUAGAACAAGAAGAUGAUCGCACCAUCUCCGACAAGAAUGACGAAGAGGAAAUGGCGAAUGCAAAAGAAGCAUUGGUCCUCAACAAAGAUGACUUCAUAGAUGAAGAGGAGGAUGAGGAAGAUGGAAAUGAAUCUAGCACAAGCACAACCUUGCCUCCUCUUGAAGAGGGUGAAGAGCUUUUCCCUGUUCAUCGUUUACCGCAGGACAUGGCUGGUUUGAUGGUCGUUUCUCGAAAUCAACACGCUAAUUCGCAAGCUAAGGAACUGAUUCAAAACCGCACCUUUUCGCAACAAAGAUACCUAGCGAUUUUACACUCGCAACCGACUUCAAAUAACAGAAAUGGAAAUGGAUUGCAACGAACAAGGGAUAAAAAUCGCGAUGAUAUUAAACCUCGAAAUACAACUAUUGGGUCCUCAGAACUAAGAGCGGCAACUUCACCUGGAGGCACGCUACUGGAUCGAAAACGGAGUGGAAACUUUGCAGUCUUGCGGUUACCCUUACAGUUAGAUCCGA